UGUAGAAAACAUGGCGCUACAAUCUUGUUAGUUUUGUGAAUUAAGCACAACAAUUUCUUCAUUAUAACACGUUUAUGGAAGCAAUUUGUUAACAAAAUAAUGUGAAAGACUCUCACAAAUAUACCGAAAACAUAAAUAAGCUUAAAUAAAGUUUGUGUAUGCAACGCAAAUAACUAAAAAUUAAGCGUGAAAAGCGCGUCGUUGCGAAAGAUAGAAAUAAGAAAAAUAUACACAGUAGUUGAAAACGAAGAGGGUGGUGAGCUUCAGCUGUAAAAAAAGGAAAACGAAAAGGGUUAUCGGGUCGGAUCCGCUCCUAGCGCAUUGCAAACUCGUUGCUCUAACAUUCGCAAAAAUACAUAUAUCAACGAGAAUAAUGUCAACAAUUUAAACGCGAAAAGAAAAGUAAAGUGGCGCUGUGAAAUAAUCGAAGGAAAACGCGGGUAAAUUGUAAAUGGAUUUUCUUUUACUAAUGUGCGGGCGUGAGAGAAGUGGUGUGUUAUCUUGUUGAAUUGUAUUAACGAAAGAAUAACUAAUGUGCUAAUUCAGAAUGAGUACGGACACUUUUGAUGAAGACUUUUUCGAGACACGCCUGGAGGCGCUCAAGGAUACACAGGAAGGCAUACAGCAGAUGUCCGCAUGGUGUUUGCAGCAUCGUGUGCAUCAUAAAAAGAUUGUAUCCUGUUGGUUGAAUGUAUUUAAGAAAGUUCGCGUUGAACACAGACUUACACUGUUCUAUCUUGCAAACGAUGUUAUUCAAAAUAGCAAGCGGAAACGCUAUGAAUUUGUCGAAAGUUGGGCGACUGCCUUACAGCGAGCUACAACAAUGGUUAGAGAUGAAAAGGUCAAAGGUAAAAUACUACGUAUAUUCAGCAUUUGGGAGCAGCGUGAAAUCUACAAUGAAGAAUAUCUAAGUGAUUUAAGUGGUUUAUUAAACAUUAAUCCUCCUAAAAAAACACAAUCUGUAGUGGCAGAUCCCUCAGAUGAUUAUACGAAUGGGCCACUCAUUGCGAACAUAAGGGAAUGUGUUGAACUCUCUUUGGCGACAGAUAAUAGUUUUAAAAAAUUGCCUAAAGCACCUAAUUGUGAUAUCGAAGUCAUCAAACAACAGAUAAAGGAUAAAAGCCAUUCGGAUGAUAUUGAGAGAGAGAUUGAACGAUAUACAACUUACGCCGAAGCAUAUAGUAAGCAUUUGCACGCUGAAAUUCGUAGCCGAAAAGAGGUGCUGCGAAAUCUUGACACAGCCAUUAAAUUCUAUGCUAAUCAGCGAGGCGAAGUAAAAGUGGUCGUUAGUGCUUAUAAAAAUUUUGGAAGUCGCAUAAAGCUUGUCAAGAAGAAGUUGGACGAAAUCACACCAAACUUGCCUAGCCCGAUACCAUCGCCCGAUAUAAAUGCACCGUCACCCGAACCAGAUGCCGAUCUGCAACUGCCAGAUGACCAAUCACCGAUCUCAAUUAAUUUAUUUAAAAAUUCAAUUAACGGUUACUCAAGCUAUUUGGAUGGCAAAUUACCCUUCGAUAUAAAUGAUUUUAAGCGUGACGAUAGCUCCUCCAAUAAAUCAAGCCAACCAAUCGAAGUAAUAGGCUCCCGGUCAGACGAUGAGAGUUACAGCUCCGGUACAGAGUACUAUAAACCAGACCCAAUAACCGCUUAUUCGAACAGCACCAGUAUAUCCAUACCAGGUCUGAAUCCGUUACCUGUGCCGCCGGUUGAAUCUGGUUACACCUCUCUCGCCCGCUCGGCCCAACAAUAUGGCAUACUACCGCCACCGCCAGCAACAACAGCACUGUUUGGUGGGAAUAAUGGCAUACAUCAUGAUUACACCGCCAGUUAUACGCCGGACAGUGGCUACCACGGUGGUAGCAGUGGCGCCACAGUUGGUGGUAACGGUUCUAUUGGCGGACAACCGUUAAUGCCACCACCACCACCAAUGCCCAAUUUGAAUGCAGCAGAAAAUGUGAGCAGUGGAAAUGGCGCUAAUAAUGGAAAUGAAGAUUUCAAUUCCACAUGGAAUAUGAAUAUGUCAUGGACUUCAUUGGACAAUUCAAAUUUAUCAAACUCCUCUUACACGCGUGAUAGCAUAGAUACGCCUGUUUCGCCGCCACACUUUGAACGUGAGCCGAACAGUAGCGCUGCAGCGGCUAUUGAAUACAGCGAACAUCAUACGAGCAAUGUUUUGGUAUCGCAGCAAGAUGUUGACCAUCGACAGCUGCAUUUGCCGGCGUUUGAUGUGCCCGCAGCGGAUUUGGGUAUUAAGUUAGGACUGAGUAAAGAGAAAACACGUCAGUUGGAUAUCGAUCAUAGAAAUUUAAUUUCAUUAACUGGUUCGCCGCAUGGCAAUGACAGCGAUAAAAAAUCUUGGCUAGCGGAGGAUCAAGGUUUCCUCGGAAGUAACUCCGGCGAUGUCGAUUAUCGUUCUUUACAAGCAUCGGGUGUGGAGUCCACCAGUAUAUCAUCGCCGCAAGGGUUAAUGGCGCCUCCGCCGCCUGGUUUACAGAAAAAGACGAACUCUCCGCAAAAGAGCAAUGCCAGCUCAUCGUCGGAUAAGGACGAUGCCGGUAGUGCACGCUAUGAUCCCUCCGACAUGGUUAUCGAUAUGGAUAUGUCCGAUGAAGACCUUGAUGAUAUUUUACGAGAGGUCAAUGAGCAACAAAGUGAAGUCGAUAGUUCACAACAAUCAAUUGGUAGUGGUGAUGGCUUACAAAUUGAUACUACUGCCAACGAAACGCUCGAGGAAGAAUCGACAGGCAACGCAAGACCGGCGCUGUUGGAAACACCGCCGGAAUAUGUGCCACAACCUGUCUGGGACAACAGUCAGUUAGGUCAAGUACCCUUGCCUCCCAGCUAUGAACCGCAGAAUAUUGGCGUGAACAUGGAAAUGCAGCAUCAUCAGCCACAGCAUCAACAAGAAAUGUGGCAUCAUCAAAAUAACUGGCAAAAUGAUAGUAAUGGACAUGGUGGUUGUGUGCCGCCACCGCCGCGUCCACCCUUUCCAUUGCCCUUCGGUAAUUUUGCUAUGAAUGCAAAUAUGCGCGGCGGUCGCGGUGGUGGUCCGGGCUGGGAAAAUUCGCCACAACAAAAUCAUUUUCGCAAUGACAGAUUUCCACGUCCACCACGUGGCGGCGGACACAUGGGUAGCCCGUAUUACAAUCGUGGUGGUGGCGGCAGAGGCGGCAACGGUGGUGGCAUGCGUGGCGGUUUUCGUGGCAAAUUCCGCGGCAGUCCAGCAUGGCACUGAUUUCGAUGGGACACGUUCAAAUAAAAAGAUAAUAAAAAUGUAAAUCAAGCUAUAAAUGCUUAUAUUUUUUUUGUACAUAACUAUGAAAUACUAUAUAUGAAAUUUAAAAACCAAUUAAAUAGUUAUAAAUAUGUCUAGUAGUGUGUAAUGAAUCAUUUUAAUAAUGACAUAUACAUACAUACCGAAAUUAAUAUAAUUAUGAAAGAGUUGAUUUGAUGCUUAUUUGAAGUAAGCCAUCAGCUUGCUAUAUUUUUGAAAACUCUAAAAAUAAUAAUAAUGAUAAAAGUAUAGCAAGCCCUUGUCCAAUCAGUCUUAAAAUUCAUAACUUCCAAACUCUAUUAAUUAUAUUUUGCACAACAUCAUUAGUAAGUAACUUAUGUAUGUACUUUCAAAUGCUAGACAUAUUCUCGCUGUAUUACUUUAAUUCUACAAUAUAUUGUUCUAAGUUACGAUAUUCGAUAUUAGAGUCAAUAUUCUUUGCCAGCGUUUAAUUUGAAGAAGUAAAGAAACUUAAUUUUUGUUUUCGGAAAUUUAUUAAAAGCCUCAUGUGGCUUUUGUUUGUUGUAUAAUAACACUUAAAUUUAUUGACUGAGUCAGAUACCCACUUUACUGGUAACGAAAUAAUAAAGAUUAAAUAAUUAUAGCUUUUAGUUCCUCUAAGCGUAUACAUUUGUUGCCUUUAAGCAUGGUCAAUAUCUCAAUUAAUACAUUUACAAAUAGAACGUAAAAUAUUAACGUACAUAUAUUUGAAAUUUAAUUAAAAAAUUAUAGGUUAUAGCUAUAUUUGUUAGCAGUACAAUUUACCAAAAAAAAAAAAAACAAAAAAAAAAACAGAAAAAAAAGAAAGUAGACAUUUCAAUCAUAGAAUAUAUUGCACUCAACAGGAACGUUAUGUUUCAACCCUAUCAACUGAAUACAUACAUACAUAUGUAUAUGUACAUACAGUUUAUUCUUUUUUUUUUCGUAACCAAAAAAGUUUUUUUUCUUUUAAAAAAUAUUUAACAACAUUACCAAUCCUCUCGUCUACUCCCUCCCUCUUUUUCAACAAUCCACACAAACGUACAUAGAGUUAACAAUUUAUGAAUGUUUAUCAAAUAAAAUUUAAUAAUAAAGUGUUUGCAUUA